AUGGUGGAAACUCGUGGAGCUUCCUCUAAGAAGACCCCUACUUCUCAAUCCAGAAAGGUGCCCUCUCCAUCGCCUCCUCCAUCUGUGUCAACGACGCCUCCAUCUGUUCCAGCACCUGCCACAUUCGUUGGGAAAACUUGCAAAUCCAAGGUGCGCAAGAAGGUGUUCUCCCUCUCUACUGAACACCCCAUGGUGUUUCCAGAUAUCACAUAUGAUAUUGUCGAUGUUGCACCACCAUCUGAACUGCCCUUGAAGCCGAGCCAGUCCAAGAGAAAUUCUGUGGCUCCAAAAAGAAAAUUGGGGUUGGACUCGUCUUCUUCCCCCUUGACUGCUGCCAAGAAAAGAUUGAAGGCUCAUCCCCCUUCUCUGUCUUCCUCCGAAUCUGACCCUGAGGAAGGAAAAUCUAAGUUUGAAGAAACCCGUUCUACCACCUUAUUUGAUGCCAUUGUUCCUGACAAUGCAGAAUCAGAGGCUGAGUCUGAUGAACCAGAACAAGAAGACAUUGUCCCCUCUAAACAAGAAGUCGAAUUUGACACAGAGCUAGUUGCAUCUUCUUUGUCAUCCAAGGCUAAAGGGAAAUUUAUCAUUGAGAGAAAUUAUGUCUUGAGUGAUCAUCGGCCUUAUGGUGUGCUAACAAUGCUUCAAGAUCGAAAAUGGACAGGUUCUUUGGUUAAAUUUACUGGUUUUAUGGAUAGACUAGUCAAGGAAUUCUAUGCCAAUCUUACUAAUGAAAUUAUUGAACCUAAUUCUCCUCUGUAUUGUAAAGUGUUUGUUAGGGGACAUUGGUUUUCUUUUUCUCCACAAGAUAUUGCCCUUGCUUUUCAUCUUCCUCUUGAUGUCGAGGAUGAUGAUGAUCUUGCCUCUCUUGACAAGGAUGCGGUUAUCACUGAAUUAGUAGGGCAAAAAAUGGUAUGGCCAUCUAAUACAGUCAUCUCAGUCACUAAUCUCACCUACACUUAUGUUGUCCUCCAUAAGUUUGGCACAACGAAUUGGAAACCAACUUCUCACACCGCAACUAUCUCAUUUGACAUGGCCUCGUUUUUGUACAAAGUGGUGACCGCAAUUGGUAUAAACCUGGCUAUGAAAAAAGAUCUCCAACGUGAUCAAGAAGACUUGGUGGCUCCCACUACUGCUGCUUCCUACAAGGCUUUAGUUCCACCUACUGAAGCCACUGAUGCUCCAUCAACCAAGAAAGUCAAGCCCCAAUCUCUGAAGUUUGCCUCGGGUGACAUUCCUCAUGCAUCCUCCUCUGUUCCCACAGAUUCCAGACUUAUUGCUACAGAACUAGCUGCUGUUCGAGCCUCUGUUGAUUCUUUGGCUGCUCGAGUGAUGUCGAUUGAAAGACUGGAACGUUCUGUGUUGGAUGCUGUUCAACCUCUGUCCAAGGAUCCAGUUAUUUAG